AUGGCGACUGAACAUGAAGGUGAAGUUGGAACAGAGACUUCCUCAGUUUCCGGGAGGUUUCUAAGGAACAGAGAUUUAUAUCUCUUCUUGCCUUUCCUCUUAGGCUUCUCUGACCAAGAAUCAUCAGAUGGUGACGAUGAUGUUGCUUCUUCGCGUGAGAGAAUAAUUCUGGUCAACCCUUUUACGCAAGGAAUGAUUGUGCUUGAGGAGUCAUCGGGGUUGAAUCCUCUGUUUCGAGACUUAAUUGGAUCAGGUGAGGAAGGUCAUCCUCCGGCGUCUAAGGCUUCCAUCGAUUCGAUGCCGGUCGUUGAUCUCGGCGACGGCUGCGAAGAGGGAGAGUGUGUGAUCUGUUUGGAGGAAUGGAAGCCGGAGGAGACGACGGUGAAGGAGAUGCCGUGUAAGCAUAGGUUUCAUGGAGGAUGUAUAGAGAAAUGGUUAGGGCUUCAUGGGUCUUGUCCUGUUUGUAGGUAUGAGAUGCCUGUUGAUGGAGAUGAGGUUGGGAAGAAAAGAAAUGAUGGGAGAGAGAUUUGGGUUAUGUUCGACGGUGGACGGAGAACUGGAGAUUCUUCUGGAAACAGAGACAGUGAUCGUGAUGGUAACACUAUUUGA